AUGAGUCAACAAGGCUCCAUCAGCCCUCUCAGACCUUCUCCGCGAAGAUCUCCCCAGAAAACUCCCCCAAAAUCAUCGUCUCCAGUCUCACCAACGGAGCCUCAGCGACAGCCACCUCAAAGACCGCCACGGCCAAACUUUGUACCUCCAAUGCUCCAGAACCCAACAAGUCAACCUUCGACGAAUUACUGGGAGGACAGUCAUGCCACCCUCUCCGGUUAUUCCAGCUCAUCUCGCCCAACCACUACAUCAAGCAUUUCAACCGCCAGUAUACCGGACUUCCCGCCUAUUCCAAGCAUGCCCUCAAUGCCUCCUCCAAGCUUCCAAACCCCCCUACGUCGUAACCUCGGUCCACCUCCGUCUGCAAGAAGAGGCGCUUCGUCAUAUUAUUCGCAAACAUCGUUCGUCCCUCCUAUACCUGAAGAGAUGUCGGACCCGCACAGCUCGUACGCCUCCAGCGGUGUCGUGCCGGAAAGCUGGGGCGACGGACCUCCCGAAUACUACAUGGGCACGGGUAUAGAAGAGGAGGACGAAGAGGAAGCUGAUGAUCGGAGCAUGCGUCCAUCAGAAGACAGCAGUGGUCGGCAGUCCAAAAACAGCGACUACGGGGAAACAACUAACCUAGUGAAAGGACCUCCUCGGACAAAACCCCUACAGCCGUUCAUGGAGACGAUAGAAAGCGGUGAUGAGUCAGCAUCUCAAAGCUCGAGUGGGCGCAGGGGCAGGAGGGAGCUCGACUGGCAAGCUAGGCAAGAUGAGAGAUUCCGACAAGGUCCUGGAGUCAUCGAUCCUAUUGGACGGCACAAUUUUCGUGGUGGGGGAAAUUUGCAGCAUCCGUACUCAGGUUAUGCUAGCGACGCCACAUUCCUCGACUCGCCUCGAUCUGGCUCUCCGCCAGUACCAAAACCCCUCCCGCUGAACACGGGCUCCUCCAAAGGCUCUCCUGUCGACCCACGUAUUGGUGCAAUCAUGAGCAACCUCGAGAAAGGCGGGGCAAUAGGGUCGAGUAGAGGGACAUCACCAGGGCUAUCAAGGGCCCCUUCGGUCGACGACAGAAGCAGUAGGCGUCCCCCUCCAUUGAACCUAGAGCCUCAGCCUGGAAACAAAACCCCCGGUCGAUCAAGUCAGUCGAGCCUGCCAGAGCUCAUCAGAAGAGCAACCCGACUAGCUACACAGCUUGAUCGGGGCAAGACAACCAGCAGAGUCGGCGUGCUUGAUAUGCUGAACAAGAAAGAUAUGGAAAGAAGGGACAGGGAUGAGAAAGGCUCACGGGACGGGUCAAUCUCAGAUAUGCUGGCUGCUUUUCCAUCGCCAACUCCUACAGCAUCACCUGGAUUUAGCAAGCCAGUAGGCUGGGGCGCUGCUUCUCCGCAUGGCAAAUCGAAUUUGUCAAGGGCUCAGACUGUAACCUAUGGCUCCUCGAGAUCUCGGCAGACUCAUCGUCGGGGACGUCGGUGCUGCGGAAUGCCAAUCUGGGCCUUCAUACUCCUACUCAUCAUUCUCCUACUGCUCAUCGCUGCCGCCGUCGUCAUCCCUGUCACACUCGUCGUUAUACCCAAACAAAACAAAGCCUCCAACCCAACAGCCGAAAGCUGCAAGACAAGUAAUGCAUGCCUGAACGGCGGAGUUUCCGUUGUUUUGAACAAACAAUGCCAUUGCAUCUGCUCCGGCCGACAUACAGGCGCCACCUGCAACCAAGAUCCUGAUACCGAUUGCACAACAACCAGUAUCCAAGUCCAAAACUCUACCACAUCCCCAGUGUUCAAUUACCCCGACGCAACUCUUGGUCUCAGCAUCCCCCGCAUUCUCGAAGCCGCACAAGCCAACUUUUCCAUCACUCUUUCCGGCUGGCGCAUAGCCGCCCUCUUCAACUACAAUAACCAAACCUGCACAAACGAAAACGCCCUCAUAACCUUCAACUCCAAAUCCAUAAAACCCAAAGCCCGGAGGCGGCGGAAGCAACGCUCUCUCCUCCAGUCCCUCUUCCACCCUCACUCAGAAGACCAAGACCCCCUCGACGACAGCCCCACCCUCGUAUCCCACCCCUCCAAAUCUAAAACCCUCCGCGCCCGUGCCUCCGCCCAAUCCUCCAACGGCAUCGUCUUCGCCCCCGGCACGGCCCCAGGCGAGACAGGCACGACGCCCGCCUCUUCAAGCCCAACCUUCGCCUCCUCCCCUACCGACAACACGCCAUCGAUGUCCACGAAACCCAUCACGCCCCUGAUCCUCGACUUCGCUCGCACGGCUGUCCUCUUCGUCUUGCAGGAGACGGGGGAUCUAGGCCAAGCCACCACCGCGAUGACGAAAAUAAAUGUUUUGCUCGGCGGGGACGAUCCGCCUGCUAACAGUACGGUGGAGACGGGGCAGCAGAGUCUGGGGAGUCAGGGUCUCACGGUCGAUCUUGGGGCGCUGACGGUGGGUUUUGGAAAUGGGACACUUUUUGGGGGAAAGGGGGGGACUGUAUGA